AUUAGCAGUCUACUACAUUUUUACUUUAUUUUCUACUAAUUAAAAUUAGUGUGAAAAAUUUCAAAUUUCUUAGGUGAUGUACUGCACUUUGUGUAUAUCACGUGCAACCUUUUAAUUUUAUUCACAGCCCUUCCAGCAAAUGUGAAAUUGAACAAAAUCGGAGUAAUAAAUUUUAGGGAACUCUUCGCCUGCCAAAUGUAACUUGAUCAAAGUAACCAGCCAUCUGGUUAAAUGGUGGAAUGUUUAUUUGUGGAGUAAAUGGAGCUAAACUGAUGUGAGACAUUCCAAGUUAAUGUCAUGUUUUUGCUACAGACAUUCAACACUUCUGCACUGUGCAAAACGGUAGAGGACCUGACUACAGGAGCCGCCAUAUCAGAGGCUUUACACCAAAUAGACCCGUCGUGGUUCACUGACGGAUGGCUCACUCGCAUCAAGACAGAAGUGGACGACAACUGGAGACUAAAGCUGAGUAACCUGAAGAAGAUCCUGCAGAUGGUGCUAGAAUACUACAACGAGGUCUUGGUGCAAGGGCUAUUUGGCUUCCCCCUGCCAGACGUGGCCCUGGUUGCUGAGCACUCGGACCCUGUGGAGCUGGGCAGGCUGCUGCAGCUCGUCCUGGGCUGUGCCGUCAAAUGCGAACGCAAGCAAGAAUACAUCCAGAUCAUCAUGACGCUGGAGGAGUCCGUGCAACACGUCGUCAUGGCGGCCAUACAGGAGCUAUUACAUAGAGAGACUAUGACGCCUGUCGCAACAGAACCGUCUGGGGACCUUGAACAGCAGGUCAGUACAAAGCUCAGAAAAGCUUUGGAGGAGCUUGCGGAGGUUUCGUCAGAGAAGGACGUGCUCGCACAACGCUGCCAGGAGUUGGACCAGCAGGUGGCCAUUCUCCAAGAGGAGCAUAACAUCUUGCUGGCCGAGAACGAUGUCCUGACCGACCGAGCCAAUCAGCUGGACACCUUCGACGAUCCCAACACGCUGUCGGGAAGGAAGCACAGCCAGUUACAGCAGCAGCUGGAAACGUUGCAGGAGGAGAACUUCAGGUUGGAAGCCGCCAAGGACGAUUACAGGAUCCACUGCGAGGAGCUGGAGAAGCAGCUGGUGGAAGUCCAGCACCGCAACGACGAGCUCACCGGCCUGGCGGAGGAGUCGCGAUCGCUCAAAGACGAGCUGGACGUGCUCAGGAAUUGUUCUGACCGGGUCGUGAUGCUGGAAGCCUCGGUGGAGACGUACAAGCGAAAGCUGGAGAACCUGGGAGACCUGAAGAGGCAGAUGAAACUUUUAGAGGAGAACAACACAAUGUACAUGCAGAACACCGUCAGCCUGGAGGAGGAGCUCCGCAAGGCCAACGCCGCCCGGGCGCAGCUGGAAACGUACAAGCGGCAGGUCCAAGAACUCAUCAGAAAGUUGUCGGACGAGACGAGGCGAGCGGACAACCAGGCCUUCGAGAUCAAGAAGCUGGAGGAGAAACAUGAGUUGGUGGUGAAGGAGAAAGAGCGCGUCAUUGUGGAGAGAGACUCCCUGAAGGAACUCAAUGAGGAACUGCGGUGCACCCAAGCGCAGCAGAACCAGCUCUCCCAAGCAGGGAUGCUUCCUUGCAGGAGCCCCAGCCACGAUAACCUGGCAGCAGAACUGAUCCCCGUUGAGCACAGAGAGAAGUUUAUCAGGCUUCAGCACGAGAACAGGAUGCUGCGAGUGCAGCAGGAGGAGUUUGAACGGGAGAAGAUCGCCUCACUGCAAGCUCAGCUGGAGGAUGCCCACAAGAGCCACAGUCAGCUGGACACUGAGAACAGAUUGAGUCGCCAGCGGGUCAGCGAGUUGCAGCAGCAGGUUGAGGACCUCCAGAAGGCACUGCAGAGUCAGGCGGUCAAGCCCGAUGACUCAAACCUGAAGCGGAAACUGGAUGCUCACAUGGUCCAGCUGAAUGAGGCUCAGGAUGAAAUCCUGAAGAAGAAAGAACUCCUGGAGGACCUGCAACCCGACAACACUCAGAACUCGCUAAAGGUGGAUGAGCUCAUGGCUGCACUGAAGAAGAAGGAUGACGACAUGAGGGCCAUGGAGGAAAGGUACAAAAUGUACCUGGAGAAAGCUCGCAAUGUGAUCCGAGCUCUGGACCCGAAAUUGAACCCCGCCACCGCUGAGAUCCACGCGCUGAGGAACCAGCUGGCAGAGCGCGACAAGCAAAUCCUCAACCUUGAGCGUCAGUGCGAGCAGGCCCGACUGCGCGAGUACGAGGAGAAGCUGAUCGUCUCGGCUUGGUACAACAAGAGUCUGACCUUUCAGAAGCUGGCCAUCGAGUCCCGUCUCGGCGGCCGCGCCGGCCCCGCGCUGCCCCCCGGCCAGUCCUUCUUGUCCCAACAGCGGCAAGUGUCCAACGCCCCUCGCCGGGCGCUCUCCAUCAGCGUGCCCAGCGCCACCUCCAAGUAGAGGCGCUCGGAGCCUCGUGCCUCCCCUUGUUCAGCUAAGACUGUGGUUCCCAAGCUGUAUUGAGUCAAGGCACAUUUUUUUU